AUGCAUCGACAGCGAAUGGAAUCAUUCAUGAACUGGCCAAGAGAUAAAAAGAUACCAAAAGCUGUUGAUUUAGCAGAGGCAGGAUUUUUACGACCAGCAAAAACUUUAGAGUUACACGACCUGGUUCAAUGCUUUCAGUGUGGAAUAAGCUUAGAGAAAUGGACAGAGGAUGACAUACCAUGGAAUCAGCAUGCUUUAUGGAACCCAUAUUGUUCGUAUCUUAGGAUGGUGAAGGGUGAAGAAUUUAUCAUGGAGGUUCACAAUAUGAAUUACACGAGAAUGUCGACGAUAUCUGAUUCUACAUUGAACCAGUAUGAAAGAGAAAUAUUCCAAGCAGAUAUGCAAGGCAUGAAUAAGAUUAUCACCCAUAUGGUAACUAAACGACUCCAACCGGUAUAA